AUGGCGGUGCCCCGGGGGCGGGUCGGGGGCCCGGGGCCGGAGGCUCGGGGCCCGCACCCGGGCGGGCCGGGUGCGGGGACCGGACGGGACGGCGCGACGCGGCCGAGUGGCGACGGCGGAAUGGAGAGCGAGGCCCGCUGCCCCGUCUGGGAGCCGCAAUGCGGCGUUUCCAGCGGGGCCUGCGCUCCAGGAGCCAGCUCCAAUGGCGGCCGGGCUCCAGCCGCAGAGCGCUGGAUGGGACGCCAGCCCCCAACCCCCGACAACCCCGAACCCCGGCUCCCCCCGAGUCCCGACCUCGAUCCGUUGCGUUACCCUCCGCCCUCCGCCACCUGGGAGGGUCGCGAGCUCUUCAACUGCCAGGCUCCGCGUUUCAUCAUCCGCUCCCGCGCUCCCGAGCCUGAGCCAUCCCCGCGCGGCAACGUAUGGAUCCCCGGGUCCCCUAUCUCGGUCAUCGGUCCACGCGUUCCCAGCCAGAGUGAGGUUAGGGCCCACGGACCCUAA